AUCUUCAGCAGGGGGAAGCCAUGGCCAUCCUGUUUGCUGUCGUGGCGAGGGGCACCACCAUCCUGGCCAAGCACGCCUGGUGUGGAGGGAACUUCCUGGAGGUGACAGAGCAGAUCCUGGCCAAGAUCCCCUCGGAGAACAACAAACUCACCUAUUCCCACGGCAGUUACCUGUUCCACUACAUCUGCCAGGACAGGAUUAUUUACCUCUGCAUCACAGAUGACGACUUUGAACGCUCCCGAGCCUUCACGUUCCUGAACGAGAUCAAGAAGCGGUUCCAGACCACGUACGGCUCCCGAGCCCAGACAGCCCUCCCCUAUGCCAUGAACAGCGAGUUCUCCAGUGUCCUGGCAGCACAGCUGAAAUACCACUCGGAGAGCAAAGGCCCUGACCAGGUGGCAGAGACACAAGCCCAGAUCGAUGAACUCAAAGGAAUCAUGGUCCGGAACAUAGACCUUGUGGCGCAAAGAGGGGAGAAGCUGGAGCUGCUGAUCGAUAAAACAGAGAACCUCGUGGAUUCGUCAGUCACUUUCAAAACAACCAGCAGGAACCUCGCCCGGGCCAUGUGCAUGAAGAACCUCAAGCUCACCAUCGUCAUCAUCAUCGUGUCCAUUGUGAUCCUCUACAUCAUCCUCUCAGCAGUGUGUGGUGGGCUGGCCUGGCCCAGCUGUGUGCAGAAAUAACCAGAGCUGCUGCUGGGCCCUUGGAGAUGAGUGCCAGGAGUGUGAAGAAGCAACCUAUGGAAUAACUCACCUGUCACCUCUGCCACCUCCUCAUCCCUCCAUCCCUCCAGGACUUCAGACUUUUUUGCCUUAUCACCCCAGAGGGGCCCAGAAGGAGCUGUGACCUCCAGAGAGGGCUGGGCUGGAUUACUUGAAGGGAUUUCUUUGUUCCUUUUCCUGUCCCCACGAAUGCCUUCCUUCCCUGUGUCCCUGUGGCUUUGCACUCGGAUGGGGAACGGGCCUGGCCUGCCUGUGAGGAUGGAGCCAGAGGGUGGUUUGGGGUGGGCUGAGCCAAACUAACAGGGCAGGGAUGAGAUGGUUUGAGUUUCCACAGUCCCUGGAGAUGCACAUCUGGCCACGUGUGGCUCUCAGUGCUUCAGCACGGGAAGGUCACGGCUCUAAUCCCGGUGGGAACAAAAUGGACGGGGCUUUGUGCACUGAGAGGUGGGAAAUCUCCCUUUUCCUGGGGAGUUUUCCUGCAGGUAGGGGGGGUCACCUCAGCAUUUGGAAUGGCUGCCUCUUCAUCCUCACUUCUUCCUCAUCUCCCCCCUUGGUUUGUGGCUGGGUGGGCACAGUAAAGGAGGCGGCUGCUCGUGGUUCCGGCUGCAGUCACGGAUCUGCUUUC